UCGAUUCUUGGAACCUGUCACCCGAAGCAGUGGUGUCUGCACCUUAAAUUGACUCAUUCAAUAGAAGACUGAACACUCAUAGAAAUAUGCUAAAAAAAGUAAUAACUUAAGCCAUCGGCCAUUUUGUCCUUACUACACAAUUCUGAACUUCCAAACCUUUGAAAUUGUCUACCAGAACAGAUAAUAUGAACACCUUCUGUUGAUUUAUUCGAAGCGAGAUUGGGCCGCCAUAAUUCUACCAAUCGCAAGGAUUAGACUUAUUCUUACUGCUUAGGACUGGAUUGUAUAUUAUUUUUUAUUUUUAUGCUGGCACGUUUUUGAGUCUGACGUUACUUAGUUGCACAUGCCAAGAAAUGCCAGAAAACGACGCAGUGAGAUUAUACGUUUUGCUUGACCAGGCCUCACUAGAGUCAGUGAAGGCAUCUAGUGGAAAAGAGUUUCAACUGCUCAAUCCUGACAGACAUAAAGAUCGGAUUUUAAAGUCCGGUGUUGAUGUUGCCACAGUUCGUCCAGAUAUUACUCAUCAAUGCCUACUUAUGCUACUUGAUAGCCCAUUAAACCGAGUUGGUAAACUACAGGUUUUUAUUCGAACAAGAAAGAAUGUGAUAAUUGAAGUGAACCCUAAAACAAGGAUACCACGUACGUUCGAUCGAUUUUGUGGACUUAUGGUACAACUUUUACACAAACUCUCAAUACAUGCUGAAGGUGGCAAUCGUGAAAAACUAUUAAAGGUCGUCAAAAACCCUGUAACUCGACACUUUCCAAUUGGUGCUCCAGUAAUUACAAUGUCGUUUUCAUCAAAGGAACAAAUUAAACCACUUCAACUAGCUGAAGAGACACAGAAGCUUAAUCCUCAAUCAGUUGUCAUUGUUAUUGGUGCAUUAGCUCAUGGUUCAGUUGUCGAUACUUGUAAAGAGUUUACACAACGUACAGUCAGUAUUAGUAACUUCCCUUUAUCGGCCGCUCAGACAUGCGCUCGAAUAUGUACUGCAUUCGAAGAAGUAUGGUGUGUUGAAGAUAUUUUAAAUGGAGAAAAAACGCAAGAUCAUCUUUGUAAUCGCCAGAACUCUGACCUGGAGUUACAUCACAAUCCAUAAUAUCAUUACGAGGUGCAAGUUUUAACUCUUCAGUUGGUAAAAUGAGCUGGUUAAUAACAAAAGAAUGAGAAAAGGUAACUAUUCAAUAAAACUGUGCUUAUUUCAAAACAAAUGAUUAAUAUUGGGAACGUUUCAAAUAACCCUAAAAUCGAAUCACUUGUUAUCCUAUUUAAGUUUUUAUUUCUAUAAAACUAGAAGUUUUUGUUUUCGUUUCUUCGUCAAGACUCCCUCUCUUAUCCCAUGUUGGCUCGUCGCUCUUUUAAUAAGCUUAUUAUCCACCAUACAUUUAAGAAGAAUGUAAAUUCGUUGAUACAUUAAGGCUUUUGUUGCUUGAAUAAUUCCACUUUGA